CGGUGCUGAAGCGAAAUGCUCCCAGAUCAUUUACAGUUGGCCUACAGAAGUCGGAAGAACACUCUAUCUAUAAGUAGAGUGUCGGAGCGAUAGAAUUUUCACGAACGAAAAAUAAUCCUGCGAAAUGGAAAGUUUGGAAUUAAUUGGUCCACACUUCUCGCGCUUAUCAAAUGGCUCCCUGGUUGACAAGGUUACGCCAGAUAUGGCUCACCUUAUCCAUCCCUAUUGGAAUAAAUUCGAACCAGUGGACUCUUUUAUGACGAAAUUAUUAGGUACAUUUUUGGGAACUAUGGCCUGCCUAUCGUUUGUUGGAAACGGAUUGGUUGUGUAUAUAUUUUCUACUACAAAGUCAUUGCGAACACCUGCCAAUUUAUUGAUUCUGAAUCUGGCAUUUUCUGACUUUUGUAUGAUGGCCACAAAUGCUCCAAUGAUGUCGAUAAAUCUAUUCUUUGGAACUUGGGUAUUGGGACCGUUUAUGUGCGAUAUGUAUGCAAUGUUGGGCUCAGCUUUUGGUGCAAAUUCAAUAUGGUCUAUGAGUAUGAUUGCUUUGGAUCGUUAUGAAGUUAUUGUAAAAGGUGUUAAUGGGCGACCAAUGACAAUAAAAUUGGCUGUUAUUAAAAUUAUAAUGAUAUGGACAAUGGCUAUGUUUUGGACUAUUACACCAAUGAUGGGAUGGAGCAGAUAUGUACCUGAGGGAAAUUUAACAUCAUGCGGCCUAGAUUACCUCGAACAAGAUUGGAAUCCAAAGAGCUACCUGAUAUUUUAUACAAUUUUUGUAUACCUACUUCCUCUAUUUGUCAUUUGCUAUUCUUAUUGGUUCAUUAUUUCGGCUGUUGCAGCUCACGAAAAAGCAAUGCGCGAACAAGCCAAGAAAAUGAAUGUCAAAUCAUUGCGUUCUUCCGAAGAUAACGAAAAGAGCGCCGAAGGCAAAUUAGCCAAAAUUGCUUUAGUCACAAUUUCACUAUGGUUCUUUGCAUGGACACCAUAUGGUAUAUUAAACUUUUUCGGAUUUUUCGGUUCCGAUGUGCUUACACCAACAAUGACCAUCUGGGGUGCAGUAUUUGCUAAGGCUGGUUCUUCAUACAAUCCUAUUGUGUAUGGUAUAAGCCAUCCAAAAUAUCGCAUUGCUCUUAAAGAGAAAUGCCCAUGCUGUGUAUGUGGUGAAACCGAAGAUCCAAAUGCAAAGGCUAGUGAUGCAACAUCACAAGCAACUAAUAAUGAAACACCAGCAUAAUUUAAACACUCUGACUUUCUAUUUAAAAAAGAAAAUAUGUGUGUGAUCUAUUAUUUUUAAAAUUAAGCUAUGCUAAGUUACCAUUCUUACUUUAAACAAAAAAAAAAAAAAAAACGAAAUAAAGCAUUGACAUUUUGAAAUUAAAUU